AUGCAUUCUGCCUCAUAUUAGGUACCAUAACAGGGCUGUGCUGAAAUCAGUAAUCUUACAAUGGUAAAUUAUAAAAAUGAAUUGUUUAGAAGAGUGUUGGGAUUAAAUAAAACCUUCCAAAGUCUAUUCUUGGUGGUAUAGUAUGA